GCGCCGCCGGCGGUUUCGGAUCGCCGUCCGCCCGCUCCACCCGGCGCAGGGCGCACCAUGCCCGCAGACACUCCGGGGAAGCCGAGCGCCUCUCCGCUGGCCGGAGCGCCGGCCAGCGCCAGCCGGGCCCCGGACAAGCCGCGGAGCGCGGCCGAGCACCGCAAGUCCUCCAAGCCGGUCAUGGAGAAGCGGCGCCGAGCGCGCAUUAACGAGAGCCUCGCUCAGCUGAAAACCCUCAUCCUGGACGCCCUCAGGAAAGAGAGCUCCCGCCACUCGAAGCUGGAGAAGGCGGACAUCCUGGAGAUGACUGUGAAACACCUGCGGAGCCUGCGGCGCGUGCAGGUCACAGCCGCGCUCAGCGCCGACCCCGCCGUCCUGGGCAAGUACCGCGCCGGCUUCCACGAGUGUUUGGCGGAGGUGAGCCGCUUCCUGGCCGGCUGCGAGGGCGUCCCGGCCGACGUGCGCUCCCGCCUGCUCGGCCACCUGGCCGCCUGCCUGCGCCAGCUGGGGCCCUCCCGCCGCCCGGCCGCGCCGCCCCCGGCUGCCCCCGCCGCAGAGGCCCCGGCGCCCGAGGUCUGCGCGGGCCGCCCGCCGCUGCCGUCGCUCGGAGGUCCCUUCCCCCUGCUCGCGCCGCCGCUGCUGCAGGGUCUGACCCGGGCGCUGCCCUCCGCCCCCAGGGCAGGGCCGCAGGGCCUGAGCGGACCGUGGCGGCCGUGGCUGCGUUGACGCUGCAGCCCUGGGACCCCCCGGAGACCGCGCCCCGUUUUAGGGCCGGGGCCUCUUCUGAGACUGUACCGGAGAAAACGUAUUUAUUGCUCCAGA